AUGAAGGCCAAGAAGCAAUGGUACUCUCAUGACAAUAAGCAUACCUGCUACCUAGAUCUUGGAUUCAAAACACCAUUCCUCAAUGAAAGGAACAAGACCUUUGGAAAACACAAGAUAAGCAUGGAAUGGCCUGUUGUACCAGAAAAUAAGGAGCCCUGCCAGUGCUCUCGCAUCUCCGUGCUCUACUUGAUGGCACAAAAUAGUACACGCUGGGGAGUUCUGCAGAUGAGCCAUGAGACAUGGAAUCCAUUAAAAUUGCAUUAUCAGUUAAGAAACGUGUGGGAACGAUUAGCUAAAAACCUGGUGAAAAAGGGCCUACUGACAACGGAGAAACAGAGCUUCCUCCUCUUUGACAUGACGACGCACCCCCUCACCAACAACAGCAUUAAGCAGCGCCUCAUCAAGAAGGUGCAGGAAGCCGUUCUCGACAAGUGGGUGAACGACCCUCACCUCAUGGACAAGCGCCUGCUGGCCCUCCUCUACUUGGCCCAUGCCUCGGACGUCCUGGAGAACGCGUUCGCGCCCCUGCUGGAUGAGCAGCACGACGUAGCCACCAGGCGGAUGCGGCAGCUCCUGGACUUGGACCCGGAGGUGAAGUGUCUGAAGGCUGGGACCAACGAGGUGCCGUGGGCGGUGGUGGCCGCCUUCACCAAGUGACCCUGCCCCGAACCACGCAUCACCCUGCUCUCACGGGAACCAGUCCUUUUUCUUCUAUGGACUUCUGGGUUUCUGCAGUUUGUACUUCCACACUGUAACUGGCUUUUGUUUCCUGAA